AUGAGUCUGCCAUGCCCAAGUACGUCACCGCCCGCGGGAGUGGCUCCGGAGCUGUGGAACGCGUGGGUGGACAAGCUCCGGCCGCGGCACGAGGCCCUGUGGCGGGAGGCCGGGAUCCUCCACGCCAUCCUCGCGACGACGCUCUGGGUGGAGCGGGACGAGGGCGCGCUGCUCCAGCUCGCGGCGUUCUGGUCCGGCGACACCAACACGUUCGUCUUCCCCUGGGGCGAGGCCACGGUGACGCUGGAGGACGUGGCCGUGCUCGGGGGCCUUCCCCUGGUCGGCGAGUCCGUGCGCAAGCCGCCGUACGGCCGGGCCCGCGGGGACGCCGACGCGCUGGAGGCCGUCCGCUCCUCCCUGUACCGGAGCAGCUGGAACUCCAGGCCCAGCCACGCCGCCUGGGCGAAGCACUUCUCCGAGCUCCCGCCGGAGGAUGGAGCACACGAGCACGCGGGGUUCCUGGCCAUGUGGCUGUCCCUCUUCGUGCUCCCGGCGCCGCCGUUCGACGCGGUCCGGGCGGAGGUGCUCCCCGUCGCCGCCAGGCUGGCGCGCGGCGGGGGCGUGGCGCUCGCCCCCGCCGUGCUCGCCAGCAUCUACGGCGACCUCUCCGCGCUCCGGCGCUACAUCAGCUCGGGCGAGAGGUCCCGCCCGUUCGUGGCGUGGGCGCCGCUGCACAUCCUCCAGCUCUGGGUCUGGGAGCGCUUCCCGGAGCUGCGCCCGGAGACGGCGAGCACCCCCACCCCUGCCGCCCCCGACGAUCGCGACGUGCCGAGGGCAGUCCGGCGCUGGCACGGCGCCCAGGCCCGCAAGGUGCUCGACCCCAGGUACGUCCACGCGGUGCUCAUGUCGCCGGCGAGGUUCGAGUGGGCGCCCUACGGGGGCGGCGGCCUGUCCCCGCCGGCCGGGAGCUACCGCCGCCAGGACAUAGCACGGCGCACGGAGCUGCUAUCCUUCGCGCAUUGCCUGCGAGCCUGCGAGCUGGUGGGCAUGAACGCCAUCGAGCAGUACUGCCCGCACCGCGUGGCGAGGCAGCUGGGGUUCGAUCAGGACGUGACGGGAGCCGUCGCCCGCGCUGACUCGGAUCAGUUUGCCGCGUGGGCGAACUACAAGAUAGGGCCUGCAAACCCCAAGGUUUCCUUCAUCGUCCCUAGCAAAGAGCCGACCGUGACGGCCGAGUAUGAGCAGUGGUGGGAGCCUUGCUCGAGGGCGUGCGCCGCCGCCGUCGCCGAAGCUGCAAGGGUUGUUGAUGGACCGAUGCAAAUUGCAGAAAAUGCGAAGGAGGAUGAGCUGCCAGGAUGGGUUCGAAGCGGUACAAAGAGAACAGCGUCACGGAAAGGGAAGAAGGUUUUGCAAGGUUCAUCUGGUGCUGCAGCAAUCUUGAUGAAUGCAGCCGACGAACCUAGAUCAUCAGUUGCUGGAAAGGAACGAUCCAAGUCUGUCCAACAGCAAAGCAAAGAGGAUGCACCGCAGCCUGUUACCAUGCCUGAUGAACAGAAUAGCAUUUCAGAACAAGCUGAGGCGCUGAUCCAUCAGCUUGUCACGCAAACCCAAUUUGGGGACACAGCAUCCUUUUUGCAGAAGGCAGGUGAGAGUGAGAAGAUGCAACCAGCGGGCACUGGAAACAAUGAGGGCAACACAGUUUCGAAGUUUGAUAUUUCUGAGCUUGCUUCUGCUCUGAAGAAUCUCACUCUUCAACUAGAACCAGCUACUGGUGCUGGUGCUGCCGCUGUUAUGAAAGGAUCAACCGAACAAACCGGGACUCCUGCUGUUGUUACUGGAGGCAUGGGUAAGAGAGCGCUCAAGGGAAAAUCUGCUUCACUGGGAGAUAAUAACAAAGGAACUAAUAACGAUAUCUCAUCACCAAACCAGCAGAUUGAGUCUCUGAUGAAACAUCGUUCUGAAGCCAAUAAAAAGAGAUCAGGAAAUGGUGGGACGUCCUCUAGCAGGUCGGCAGGUGAAAAACCUGCUCAGGAUAGUACUGAAGUUUGUACUAAAACAGUCUAUUAUCUCAGUCGAUCUGAUCUGACUGAAGAUGCUUGGGCCAAAGAUGCACACCGCAGUGGUGACCUUUUCCAACCGAGGCGAGCGGUUGGGACGAUGGAAAUGAUUGAAAAGGCAUCGGCAAUUCGACAGGCUGAAAUUGCUGAGCUGAAGGAAGCAAUCAGGAAACAGGUGGAAGAGAUUCGGGCGCUAGAGGCCGCUGAGGAACAGGAGCGGCUCAACCGUAAGAAGUGA